AGCGUCCCCAUUGGUGUGAGCGCGGAGUCUCCUGCGGGCUCUGCUGGUCACUAAAAUGUGUCUGACGGUGAGAACAUUGAGCAGCAGAAUCAGGAGAAAUGGGACACCCGGGGUUAGAAUGUGGUGGAGGAACUCGAUUGUGACCCAGACACUGGAGAAUCGAACAGCGACUGUUACAUCACAAAACCAGGGGGCGUUCCCCAGGAAAUACCGAGCCCUUCUGGCAACAAAUGGCCACAAACCGAUCAAAGGUGAAAGUGACGGUGAACCAGACAGAGCAGUCAGUGGCUGCAUAAAGCAGGACGGCGUGGAUAUUACACACGGGGACGGAGUACCUCAGGAAAUAAAACUGUUCCGGAUAAACAAUGGGAAUGUGUCUCAGGAUCAGGUCGAGGAUAAUGACCAGGAGAUCCGCCGCUGCCAUGGCCCCCAGGAUUGGCUGGCCAGCAGAAGACAGCAAGUGGUAGCGGAAGGAAAAUAUUCUGCCUGGAAGUCUGUGAAUCUCAGCAGUGUGGAAACAAGCCCUUCGGCCCAACAAGUACAUACCAACUUUCCAAAGAGUAACCUUCCCAUGCCCUUACAGUUACCACUGACUAGUGCACCUAAAGUAGAAAUCGCGGAACACGAUGGACUAUUUGACCAAUCCACUUGAAUUAUACAGCUUUGGGCUGUGGCAGGAAACGGGAGCACCCAUCAGAAGCUCACGCAGACAAGGCGGGAAGAUCCAAACUCCACGCAGAUAGUCACCCGAAGCUGGAAUUGAACUCAUGACCCUGAUGCUGUAAUGGAACAGUGCGAACUACUGAGCCACUGUGCUAACCUGGAACCUCCUGCCAGCCUAAUGCAAAGGGAAUUCAGCCAAAUCCAACUCUCCCAGGAUAAAAUCCCAUUGCUAGCAGCUGUGUGAGUAGAAUAUCUUCAGAAGCAGAAUCACAUUUUGGACAAUCUCGCAAUUUUUCCUUUUGUCAUGAGUUACACUAAUAUUUGGAUAAGGUUCUUUCAACGUGAAAUUGCACAGAUUUGUGUGUGUGUGUGUUUGUGUGUGUCAGUGUUUUUAGAAUGGGAAAUAUCGAGUCUUUAUUUGCAAUACGCAAACAGUUUGCCAUCCAUCUUUCCAUCAUAGUUGGAGUAACAUUGCUCUGGAUCGUAAACGUGUUGUUUUAGCAGAUUACAGAAACUAGCCUGACUUGUUCCUAAAACUGACCCUGACCCAGUCUGAGACCGAUAUCAUCGGCCAUAUCACCGACCUGGUUACAUUUAACAUUUGUUGUGAGCAGUGGGGGAGUGGGACUAGAAAAGGAAACAGUGACCCAAAAAGCCGGGGAACUAUAGACCGGUGAGCCUGAUGUCAGUGGUGGGUGAGUUGUUCGAAGGGAUUCUGUGGGAUAGCAUUUACAUACGUUUGGGAAGGCAAGGACUGAUCUC